GUGCAACCGAACCAGAAAAGAGCGCCAUCUUCCCCUCUAUUAGCAUACCGUGAUGGUCUCUUGCCACUAACCCGCAUCCAUAUAUGUUACCACCAUCAAAGAGAGCAGCGUCAACAUUUACUUUGAUAUAAUUAACAUUUGGCACAGUCCAAUGCUCAGCACCCAAUUAUGGAAUUUUUGUCCCACCCUAUUUGAAGAAUAGGAGGAAUAGGCAGACUGAAUUUAAUGCUCUUAUAAAUAUAUUUAAUUAGAAUUACAAGUAUAUAAAUACAUACAAGAGAGUCAUGGUGGUCAUAUAAUAACAAAAUUAAGAGAGAGAGAGAGAGAGAAUGGAUGAAGACCAAUUACAGAAACACAAAGAAAAAGAGCAACAAAAAGAAGAAGCUGUGACCAUGUUGAAGAGGCCUAGACCCAAUAAUAUUAAGCCACCACCACCAAACAAAACAAGAAGACCUACUCCUAAUGUCACACCUCAUGAGAUAAAUGUAGAUGUGGGUCAGGAUGUUGUGAGCAAAGUAAGAGAAUGGGUUAAAAGUUCAGGAUCAUUGGAUAUUCUUUCUAUUACAGGCACAGUAUCAUUUGCAUCAUUUGAUGAUCCUUCUAUGGUUUUCCAAGAGAGUUUUUAUCAUAUUGAAACAAUAAAACGUUGUGAAAGGAAAUUUGAUCAUGAUGAAGAAGAUGUAAAAUUCGAAGUUAAUUUGUUUGAACAAAUUACCUACAUUAAUGUUUAUCAUGGUGUUGUACGAGAAUUACUAGCUUCUACUCCUGUUAAGAUAACGGUUGCAAAUUACAAUUCACCAACAGCAACAUCAUCAUCGUCCACAACAUCAGUACCAAGAUCCCAACAUUAAUUCACAUGAAACAUUUAUGUCCUAGUUUCUUGGAAUUAUUUAUUAUUUUAUUGUUUUUGAACAAAGUUAGUUAUUAUAGUUGUGAACUGAGAGUAAUUAGUUGAAUUGUUUGGCAGUUUAGUAUAAUGCCAUUUUUUGUAAUCAAUUUUUGAGUCUACAGCUUUUGUUUAUUGAUUCAAUCCAAGAAUUCUUUGUCAAAAUAUUUGUAGGAAUGAAAUGAAUCUAUAUAUCUUCGAGUAAUUUGACAAAGAUUGAAUAA